AUGGAUAAUUUCAAUCAACUUCCACCAGAAAUAAUUCAAUGUAUUGCGGAUUUCCUUCGAAGGGCUCCACUUAACGCAUUAGUCCAGACCUCAAGACGUCAUGCAAUAAUUCUAAGUCCUCUACUCUAUCAAAAAGCUUUUCGCCGUCACUUUCGACCAGAUGUAGAUGAUGAACCUGGACCUCGAGCGAGAUCAAUAUGGGUUUACAGUCGAGGUCGUACCUAUGUUUCUCAACGACGUCUUUGGGCUUGCGUUCCUUGUUGGGAAUCCCAAUAUGUAAUGGGAUAUUUCAUCAAGCGAUCGUUGGAAUGGGCCAAAACUCGCUUUGGAGGGAGAGAUAGAAAUGGUGCUACUUGGUUACAUCUAUUGGCUGCAGCUGGACAUGAGAAGCUAUUGAGGAUGUUCAUGGAGAAAGGUCUCGAUCUUCAUUCACGUGACUGGGGGGAGAAUACAGUUUUACAUUCAGCAGCAGCAGCAGGGCAAACUAGAACGAUUGAAGUUUUGAUUGCAGCUGGUGCGGAUAUCUUGGCCGUGAAUCAUUCAAAUCAAUCGGUAUUGGUUUAUGCAUUGAUAAGGCAUGGGUUAGGAGCUUUAGGAGCUUUGAUACCUGUUAUUGAUGCUGUGAGGGCAAGAGGUGGAGAUAUCAACACCAAUACCGAUUCUACAAGAAUACCGCCAAUAUUCCUAGCUACGAGAAUCAUUGGAGCUGAACCGAUCAUCAAGCAUCUCCUAGAGAAUGGAGUUGAUAUCUUCCAGACACUAGAAGGAAGUGGUGAAACUCUACUUCAUUGGGCUGCUCGUUUCCGUCAUGAAGAUAUAGGAAAUUUCCUAGUCUCACAAAUGAGGAGUCAUCCAGAAUUUCUCUCAUUGAUCAAUUUUCAACAUAUGGCCCCUCUACAUAUCGCAAUACGAGGAAAAUCAUGGUCACUUUCCAAAACCCUGAUAUCCGCUGGGGCCAAUCUCGAACACUUGGAUGCCACCGGCCGUAAUCCCCUCGACCUAGCUAUCUUCUAUCGAUGUUUUCCUCUCUUCGAAGAUAUACUUCAACGGACUUCCAUCUCAUCCAAACCCAGAGCUAUCACCGAAAUCCAAAAAGCACUAUGGAAAAGUAUCAAAGAAGAAGAUUCAACCGCGGUCCUCCACCUAGUCGACCUUCAAUCAACCUGCAAUAUAAAACUCCGACUCCCCACCCUCCAUUCCCUCAUCGAAAAACAUCGAACCCGCAUCUCCGGCUGCGACAUUAUCGAAAUCAUCGGAGACGCCGGCGCUAACUUUCAUCUCCUCUCGAAACCCCUUGGGGAAACCCCACUACACGCCGCAAUCCGCAAACCCAACACUAGCACCCCAUGCCGCGACCGACUAAUCUCAUACCUCCUACUCAAAACCCACAACCUCAGCCUCCUCACCCGCGAAGGAAAUUCCCCCCUCCACCACGCCGCUCGCCACGGCUCACCCCAAACCAUCGAACUCAUCCUCAAACACCCAUCCACCACCCCUGAACUCUUCGCCCUCGAAAACAACGCAGGCAACACCGCGCUUCACGAAGCUGUACAGAGAAGUGGUAAUAAUAAACAAAUCGUCAAAUUAUUAAUGCAAGCAAGAGAGGAAUUCCACCAACGAAACAUGAGGGAGAAAAUAAGCGCAAGGAGUCCGAGGAAGAUUGGGAAACCGGCGGUUCCUGAUCCGCCAGUUUUGGGUGAAUUGAAGGAGAAGGACAUGGAGGGGAAUGGCGUUUGGGGAAUGGGAUCGGUGAAUCAGAGGAGAUCUAAUGGGGGUGGGAGUGGAAAUGGAAGCGGGAAUCGCAAUGGCAAUUCGCGCAGUCCAUUGAGUAAAUUAAGAAACUCAAGGAGAUCCAUAUUGCAAAGGGAAAAUGCAGAAGAAGAAGAAGAAGAAGAAGAAGAAGAAGAAGAAGAAGAGGGUUCAUCUUCUUUUUAG